GCUGGAGCAACAGCACACGCAGUUGAGCUAACAGAGGAGGCACAUGGACACACAACAUGGAGGGAUUUAAACAAUGCUAAAUUGCAUCAAGUUUGAGCAAUCUGCAAGCAGGGGUGCAGACUCUGGAAGCGGCAUGGCCUCCAUCCAUCAGCAGCAGCAGCGGCCUGCGUGCCCCCACAGCGAGCCAGUGUGCCAACUCAUCAGAGGAGACUGGCUGAGGCUGACGUCACCCACCAAGCCUGUGUAAUCGAAAGAGACGCUAAUCCCGCUCCUCUCCAAAGCCUGACUGGGGGCGGGCGGGCAUAGGAGGACAGUUGAAGCAGGCAUGAGGAGGGAAGUUCCAAGGGAGAGCGUCUCAGCAAAGUUGAACAAGUGAAGUGGUCCUAAGGGGACCUUUCUGAUCCGUAAGGUCUCUGUAAGGGUGUGUGGGACGCCCUCGCCCAGGCCUCAUCCUGGAGACCAAAAGCCUUGCUGAGACCUCCAAGGAGGAGGAAUGCUGUGGGAGCUGCUUGCCUUCAUCUGCGACCUCCAUCAUGCAACCUGUGCUCACUGUGGAAGAGCCCAUCUUCACUACUGUGGAUCUGUGCCAGCUGGGACAAGAAGAAAACUACCUGACAGCAAAUGAGAGAGGGAUGGACAUCGGCGGCCAGGAAUCAAACCGUGAUGAUCUGCAAAGGAAGGAACAAAGACUACCUUUCCAGGUAUACCACAGCUUCGAAUGUCUACCUCUUGUCAUUCAGAUCUUCCCCGACCCGGUCGAGGUGGUCCUGGGCCCCGAGACGUCCUUGAACAGUUUGAGCCGGAACCAUGAGAGGGAGCGCCUGCCCUCCAUCGUCGUGGAGCCCACCGAGGUGAGCGAGGUGGAGAGUGGGGAGCUGCGAUGGCCUCCUGAGAACAUAGACAUGGACGAGGAGGACGAGGAGGACCUCUUCCUGGAGCAGUGCAUCCCCCCUGCCAACAUCGCCGACUGGGGAGAGGAGGACGAGGAGGAGGAGGAGGAAGAGGAAGAGACGUCAGUUAUUCUGAGCGAGCAGCAAGGCUUGACGCUCAUUGACUUACAAUCAGACGCGUUUCGAGACGACACGCCCACACUCCCACCAAGUAGCGCUCCGGCCUUCAAUUGACACUUCCGGCUGUACUGAGAGACUAAAUACACAUGUGUUGGUGAAAGAUGGAAAUUUGUUUCAGCCCUAAUAAAAAAAAUAAAUAAAAAAAAAGCCCAGAAGCUCACAGAGAGUUCGCCAUAAAUGGGCUUGUCGGCAGCAGCAGCGACACGUUUUGCAACACGAGGAGGAACACACGUCGUAGAACACAUUCACACAACAUUUGUGUGUGUGUGUGUGUGUGUGUGUUUUAGAGUCUUUGCUGACAUGGUAGUUUUGUUGAGUUCCCUUCUGUUGCAAGGGCCCAGUGAAGUCAUAGAACUAAAUGAGGACAUGCAGGCCUGGUAUUUCUUUUUUUGGCUCAUUUUCUUCUACCCCUAAGGCAGCAUUUAGCUUAUUGAACUCUUACCAUCAAUCAUUUCAAACAGACUGGAUGGAAGACCCAUACAUUACUAAAACAUCAUAUAUGUAUAUAUACAUUUUCUUUUUGUUUUACACAUCAUGUCACACCAAGGGAAGGCAGCUCUUGUUUAUGGAGCAACUGUCAUAAUGCAAUGUGAUGACAUUUAUUUUCCGUGAUUGUGUCUAUAGACUCACCUGUGAAUACUAUGUAUAUAAACUAUAAUAAAUUAUUUUCUCCCAA